AUGCUUCGCAACGCCGCCGCCGGCGCUCGCAAGGCAGUGACGGAGCUGUCACAGUUCCCAAAGCCUGGAGAGAAGCUUCAUGGUUUCACCCUUGUUCGAUCCAAGCAUGUUCCUGAGCUUGAAUUGACGGCUUUACACCUUCAACACGACAAGACGGGCGCCGAUUAUCUCCAUAUUGCUCGCGACGAUAGCAACAAUGUCUUCUCGAUCGGCUUCAAGACGAAUCCUCCGGAUGAUACCGGUAUUCCUCAUAUUCUCGAGCACACGACUCUAUGCGGUAGCGAAAAAUAUCCCAUUCGCGACCCCUUCUUUAAGAUGCUGCCGAGAACGCUAUCGAACUUCAUGAACGCCUUUACAGCCUCGGACCAUACUUUCUAUCCUUUCGCGACAACUAACGCGCAAGAUUUCAAGAACCUCAUGUCCGUGUACCUCGAUUCGACAUUGCACCCACUGCUUAAAAAGUCCGACUUUACCCAGGAGGGUUGGCGAAUUGGUCCCGAGAACCCUCUUGCUGAGGAUGAGGCGAGCAAGAAGCUGGUAUUUAAGGGUGUGGUUUACAACGAGAUGAAGGGACAAAUGUCGGAUGCUGGAUACUUGUACUACAUUCGAUUCCACGAUCACAUCUUCCCCGACAUCAACAACUCCGGUGGCGACCCCCAAAAGAUUACCGACCUCACGUACGAGCAACUGCAAAAGUUCCACGCUGAACACUACCAUCCUAGCAACGCAAAGGUCUUUACUUAUGGUGACAUGCCUUUGGUCGACCACCUGAAGCAGGUUGAUGCUCAGCUCCAAGCUUUCGAGAAGAUCCGAGGCGACAAGCAGAUUCACGAGCCCGUCACGCUUAGCGGCCCCAAGGAGGUGACUCUCUACGGUCCUCUCGACCCUCUUGUCGACCCCGAUCGCCAGUACAAGACUUCUGUCUCAUGGAUUAUGGGCGACACUACCGAUGUUCUCGAAUCUUUCUCUCUGGCCCUUCUCUCCACCCUGUUGAUGGACGGUUAUGGUUCUCCUCUGUACCGUGGUCUUAUUGAGGCUGGCAUGGGAGCUGAUUGGAGCCCCAAUGCUGGUUAUGAUAGCUCUGCUAAGAAGGGAAUCUUCUCUAUUGGUCUGACCGGUGUCACGGAGGCGGAUGUGCCCAAGCUCAAGGAAAAGGUCCAGCAGAUUCUGCGAGAUGCCCGUGACAAGGGUUUCGACAAGACCAAGAUUGACGGCUCGCUGCACCAAUUGGAGUUGUCACUCAAGCACAAGACCGCCAACUUUGGUUUCUCUAUGCUGAACCGCCUCAAGCCAAAGUGGUUCAACGGCGUGGAUCCUUUCGACUCAUUGGCCUGGAACGAUACCAUCAAUGGCUUCCAAGCUAAGAUGGCUGAGGGUAACUACCUGGAGAGCCUCAUCGACAAGUACCUCCUCAAUGACAACACUUUGACUUUCACCAUGGCCCCAUCAACAACCUACGGCGAGGAUUUGGCCAAGGAGGAACAGGAGAGACUGUCAAGCAGAAUUCAGGCGGCGAUCAAGGAAGCUGGAAGUGAGGAGAAGGCGCGAAAGCAUUUUGAGAAACAAGAGGCGGAUUUGUUGGUCGAGCAAAAUAAGACCAACACUGAAGAUCUUGGAUGCCUGCCAACUGUUCAUGUCAAGGACAUCCCUCGAAGCAAAGAGCCUGUUGUUGUCCGAGACGAGAAUGCCAAUGGAACCAAGAUUCAAUGGCACGAGGCUCCCACUAACGGCUUGACCUACUUCCGUGCUAUCAACACGCUAGAGAACUUGCCUGAUGAGCUCCGUGAGUUGGUCCCCUUGUUUACCGACAGCAUCAUGCGACUUGGUACCAAGGAUUUGAACAUGGAGCAGCUUGAGGAUUUGAUCAAGCUCAAGACUGGUGGUGUUUCCGUAGGAUACCACUGCACACCAUCUCCUACCGAUUUCCAUGCUGCUAGUGAGGGUAUCAUCUUCACUGGUAUGGCAUUGGACCACAACGUCCCUGUCAUGUUUGAUAUCAUUCAGAAGCUUGUUCUGGGUACCGACUUUGACAGCCCCGAGGCAGCCCUUCGAAUCCGCCAGCUUCUCCAGGCUUCCGCCGAUGGUGUUGUCAACGAUAUUGCUUCUACUGGCCACCGAUUUGCCAUGGGAAGCGCAGAGUCUGGCCUCACUCGAUCUGCUUGGUUGCGACAGCAGGUUUCCGGUCUUUCUCAAGUGCAGCUGAUCACUUCUCUGGCCAGCCGCCCUGAGACUGACAAGCUUGAGGAUGUGAUCUCCAAGCUGAAGCAGAUCCAGAACCUUGCACUUGCUGGUGGUAACCUUCGCACUGCCAUCACUUGUGGUUCUGAGAGUGUUGCGGCAAACGGUGCUUCUCUUCAGAACUUCGUCAGCAACUUGUCUCGCGAUCCUUUGAACUUGAAGAACCCUUCACCCCGACAGCUUCCCAAGGACAGCAAAACAUUCUACCCUCUGCCUUACCAAGUCUACUACGGUGGAUUGGCGGUGCCAACUACCUCGUACACAGCAGCGGAGGGUGCACCACUUCAGAUUCUCUCACAGCUUCUGACACACAAGCACCUUCAUCACGAGAUCCGUGAAAAGGGUGGCGCAUACGGCGGCGGUGCUUACUCUCGAGCUCUGGAUGGUCUCUUCGGCUUCUACUCUUACCGAGACCCCAACCCUCAGAACACUCUGAGCAUUAUGCGCAAUGCUGGUCAGUGGGCUGUUGACAAGAAGUGGUCAGACCGUGACUUGGAGGAGGCCAAGAUUUCUGUUUUCCAAGGAGUUGAUGCGCCCAAGUCUGUGAACCAAGAGGGCAUGGGUCGUUUCCUCUCAGGUAUUACCGAAGAGAUGAAGCAGAAGAAGCGUGAGCAGCUUCUGGAUGUUACCAAGGAUCAGGUUCAAGAGGUGGCUCAACGCUACCUUGUCGAUGGACUGACCAAGGGUGAAGGCCGAGUUUCUUUCCUCGGAGAGAAACAGUCUUGGGUUGACGGCGAGUGGAAGCUUCGCGAGAUGAACAUCAAGGGCGAGUAA